UUGCUUGGUUUCAGUGGCAUCAUUUGUGCAAAGAUUAAAAUAUAUACAGUACUGCACUGUACUCUAGUAACUUUGUACAGUAUUUAUGGACUUGAAGAUAUUUUAGUGUCUAGCUUUGUAGUAUUGUAAUUAAUACAAUAAUGGAAGCUGAUGUUGAGGGUCAUUGUGAACUAGACCAUUUUGAGAGGAUCUUCACCACGUCAACACUCUAUCAAGAGAUAAUGACCAUAUAUGAUGGAGAUGAACAUGGCAAAUUUAUGGAAAGGUUGGAUACAAGAAUCCGAAAUCAUGACAGGGACAUUGAACGCAUGUGUAACCACCACUAUCAAGGCUUUAUUGACUCUAUUCGGGAACUUUUGCAAGUGCGAUCACAGGCACACAAGCUCAAGACAGAAGUUGUCAGAAUAGAUGAUGAAGCACAAGACUCUGCAAAAAAACUUCUUGCCAAGAGUGAAGAGUUGAUUAAAACAAGAAAAGUUCAGUCCAACAUCUGUGCUGCUAUUGAUGCUCUCACGUUAUGUUUGCCAGUCUUAACCACUUAUUCCAAAUUACAGAAGCAAAUGCAGGAAAAAAGGUACUACCCAGCUCUGAAGACUCUUGAGCAGUUAGAACAUACCUACCUACCUCGAGUAGCCAGUUAUCGAUUUGCUCAGCAGAUGCGUGACAACAUCCCGAGGGUGAGAGAAGAUAUCAAGCAAGCGUCAAUGUCUGAUAUAAAAGAUUUCUUGGAAGCCAUUAGAAGGGUAUCAGCAAGAAUAGGCCAGGUGGCUAUGAAGCAUGCAGCUCUACAGUACAACACGGAUCCAAAGCUAGCAGUAAUAAGGAAUGAAAGACAUGCGCCCCUACCACCUAAUCCAUUCACGGGGGAAACAUACGAAGCUCAGUCUGAGGCCCAGAGUGAUGAGGAGGAAGAACUGUGUGCUCAAGACUUGAUAAACUUUGCCCCGGUGUAUAGAUGCCUUCAUAUAUAUACUGUCUUGGGAGCUAGAGAACAGUUUGAAACUUAUUAUCGUCAGCAGCGCAGGGAGCAGGCUAGACUGGCUUUACAGCCUCCUACAAAUAUGCAUGAGAACCUGGAGGGCUACCGACAGUAUCUGUAUGGAGUGGUUGGUUUCUUUGUGAUAGAGGAUCAUGUACUCAAUACUGGCAAUAGUUUAGUUACCAGGCCUUACCUGGACGAGGUGUGGGAUAUGGCUUCUGGUAAGGUUGUAAACAACAUUCGGAACCAUUCUUCGUACUGCACUGAUACAUUCCUUAUGUUGAACAUCAAAAAUCUUAUUAUGCUCUUCGCCCAUACUUUACAGAAUUAUGGCUACACUGUGAAUCCUCUCCAUGAACUGCUGCUGGAGGUGAAAGAUCAUUAUAAUGAGGUGUUGAUGCAGAAAUGGGUGCAGGUAUUUCGGGACAUCUUUGAAAAAGAUAAUUACCAUCCCAUUCAAGUGGAGACACCAGAAGAAUAUAAUAAUAUUAAGGAGGUUUUCCCAUACCACGAGACUGCUCUAGAACAAGCACCCUUCCCAAAGCGCUUCCCUUUUAGUCUGAUGGUUCCUAAGGUGUACAGAGAAGUCAAAAUUUAUAUUGGUGCCUGUCUGGAGUUUUCAGAAGAUUUAAAUUUAAGCCAAACAGAAAAGGAAGAUAUGGUUCGGAAGUCCACCAACUUGCUUCUGACACGAACCCUGAGUGGUUGCUUGGCAACCUUGAUCAAAAGACCUGGCUUGCGACUAUUGCAGCUGAUCCAAAUUACCAUCAACACACUUCAUCUGGAGCGUGCUAAUGUUCUCUUAGAGCACUAUGUUGCCAAACUAACAGGGAGCAUAGAAGACAGCAGUAAACCCGGUGUGGGAAGACUGCAGGGUAAAGCCAUGUUCAAGGAUAUACGAGGAGAGGCAGAGGAGCAAAUUUACAUAGCUCUCAGACUGAAGAUAGAUGAAUUCUUGGACUUAGCUUCUUAUGAUUGGAUGUUAGCAGAACCUCAAGGCACCUCAUCUUCCUAUGUUACUGAUCUCAUAGCAUUCCUUAACUCAACAUUUACUGCAUUCACUAAUUUACCA